CUGUGCAAAUCACAUGCGAUUUGUGUGUGGUGCAAUUGGAGCCAGGGGCGGACUGACCAUUCAAGCACUCGUCACUGCCCGAGGGCCCAGGUUCAGUAGGGGGCUCCAUGAAAUGCCCCUGGUACCUUUUUAUAGGCUUUUUUGAGUGUGCUUUGAGUGUGGCCAAGGACACAGGGGCCCCAUGAUCCCCUAUUGCCCGGGGCCCCCAUGAGUUGUCAGUCCACCCCUGAUUGGAGCCAUACAUUAUUGCCUCUUCAUCAGUGCCCAUCAGUGUCACCUAUCAGUGUCCAUCAGUGCAGCCUCAUUAGCGCACAU